UGGUUACUGUCUCUGGUGGGCUCUGUUGCUGUACACCUUUAUGGGAUUUUGCCCCUGCUCGGCUCACAGCCCUCAAAACAGAAGGAUCCUGAUACGUGGCUGUUUGGGGAAGCCGUGCUGCAGCGAGCGGGUCCCUGCCCUCAGCAGCUGGGAGUCUGGUGGAAGUCAGCGCGGCGCAGAGCCUUCCUUCAUCACGUCGGCCUGGAUGGCAGGGACACACUGGUGCAAAGACUGCCGAAACCACAAGCAUUACUGGUUGCAAGUGCUUUUUGGACCGUGGAACGGAUGAACGGUGGAAGCUGUAUGAAGCCCAGUUGGGCUGUAGCUGCUCUGUUGAUCCCAGUUGCCCUGCUGACGCUGACCUCCAGGGGGGUAUCAAGCAGCCAGAAGAUGUCACAAACGGUUAUGGCUCAUGCAACAGCCACGGCUACAGGACCAGGCCCGGGUUCCACAGAUUACCUCCCCGGCCUCCGGGCAGUAGCAGACUUCUUAGCAAGUGAACAUGCUCAUGUUUGGUUCCUGUCUCUGGUGGGCUCUGUUGCUGUAGGCCUCAGUGGGAUUUUCCCCCUCCUUGUGAUUCCCAUUGAAGCUGGGGCAGCCCUUAAAACAGAAGCUGGGUGCCAAAAGCUGAAGCAGCUCUUGAGUUUUGCUAUUGGAGGUCUCCUUGGAGAUGUAUUCCUCCACCUUCUUCCUGAGGCAUGGGCACUCUCUGGCUCUUCAUCUGGUAAACACAACCACUACAUGACCCAGGGCUUGUGGGUAAUUGUUGGCCUGUUGGCCUUUCUGCUCCUGGAGAAGAUGUUUCCAGACCAAGAUGGUCAGGAGGAUCCCACUUCAGAUUCAGACCUGAAUUUCAACUCUGCUACGCAGUCUAAUUCUGUUUUCAGUGGAAAGGCAGUGGUGUCACUCAGAAACGGGCACCAUGCUGAGUCAUGGAAAUCCUCCAAGCAACAGAGUCUGCGGGAAAGAUCAGAGAAGAUCAAGACUAGUGGAUACCUAAACCUGCUGGCCAACUGCAUUGACAACUUCACCCACGGACUGGCAGUAGCAGGGAGUUUCCUGGUUAGCAAAAAGGUUGGGUUCCUCACCACCUUUGCCAUCCUGCUCCAUGAAAUCCCCCAUGAGGUGGGAGACUUUGCCAUUCUGCUGAGGGCUGGCUUUGACCGGUGGAGCGCCGCUUGCAUGCAGCUGUCCACGGCACUGGUCGGGGUCCUGGGAGCUUGCUUCGCUCUGUGUGCUCAGUCACCACAUGGCGCAGAAAACGCCACUGCCUGGAUAUUGCCUUUCACCUCUGGGGGCUUCCUCUACAUAGCCCUGGUGAAUGUGGUGCCUGACCUGCUGGAGGAGUCCAGUUUAAGACAGUCCAUACUGCAGAUCCUGCUCAUCUUCUGUGGCAUGGCUGUCAUGGCUCUGCUCUCUGCCAUUGUUGACUGAACAUGGAGGAAACUCCCCCUCUCACCUUACCAAACACUAAAACUCACUCUCUCUCUCACUGGAGAGAUAUCCUUUUCUCCACCAACCAGCCAUAUCUGAUACCUUUUCAUUCACGGAAACUUCAUCUCUUCGGUAUCAACGUCAAAAUCAUGUUACGCUAAAAAAAAAGGUCUGACAAAAAAAAUGGCACUUUAUGAACUGAAAGGACGCUCUGCUGACAGGACAUUGGUGUGGACACUUUCAUUUGUGCCAGACUUUAAUAUCCAGGGAAUUCAGAUGGUUCAUAUCAGUUACCACAUUGUCUUAAAUUGUUUAUCAGACAAUCAUGUUGUUUUGCACAUAUAUUUACACAGGUACACCUGAUGUACCUGCUCAACACAAACCGGUAUUAUUGGACCGCCACAAGGACGUCCUUCUUUCAAAUGUAUUUAACCCUUCAUUGUUUAAACAUUGUAUCUAUUGUUACUGUUGUUCAUCUUAAGUUCCUGAUUUAGCUACUGCAUAUUUAUUGAAAAUGAAACAAGCACCAUUCAGUUUUAUUGGACAUGCAUCACCACCACCACUCCAUCAUUUUGUCUUAAGAUAUAAGUGCCAAGAAAUCAGGUCUGUUACAAUCGUGAGAUCCACACCAAAGUUGUUGUUUUUUUCUCUUUAUAUCUUCCUCACACCACCAGUACCAUCCACCUUUUUGAGCACAAAACACUGUGUAUAUAUAGAAUUGUGAUAAAGUUUUAAAAUGAUUUGAAGAAGAAUAUGGGUAGUCAGUUUUGAGUUGUUGCCAAAAUUUUUGUAAACAUGAGGACAAUUAACUACCAUGCAGGAGUAUCCAUAUCACUGUCGUUGUGUUUCUUGGUGAAAGUUUCCACACCUGAAGAAAAUAAAUAUAUAUCUAUAU